GUAUAUAAAGACAGGUUUGAAACAUUCUUGACAAAUUUUCUGAAGAUGUUUUUAACAUCACUUAUUACAAUUUUGAUAUUCAAUUUAGCAGUUAAUGAGGGAAAUUCUGUUGAUCUAAUAAAUGACGAGCAUGAUCAACUAAAACCAGAAUUAGAUUGUCCUGGAUUAUUUGCGUGCAAAGACGGGAAAUACUGCAUUCCACAAGAUUGGAAAUGCAAUUAUAUUGACAACUGUGCUGAUAACAGUGACGAAGAAGAUUGUGCAGAUCCAGAAAUAGAAGAAACGACAACUGUGAAAGAAGUUAUAUUGAAUGAAACAACAACCAGGACUUUGUCUGUUGCAAAUGAUUCAGCAUUACCUGCAGUUGAAGAGACAUUUCCUAAUACAGUCAACUUUACAAAUUUUACAACAGAAAAGGAGACAUUUGGUGGGCAGUGUGAGGAUAUUACUGGAUGUGAGGAUACACUGUUUUGUAUACAUAAUACUUGCCAAUGUGCUGGUGAAGACUUUUGGAAAGAAGACGCAUGCGUACAUGUAACAAAAUACACAAUCAGUUCAAAGUGCAGAAAUUCAUUUGAAUGCAGUGGGAAACUUUUGUGUUUAGAUGGAAUUUGUCAGUGCAGUGAAGAGCUAAUCUGGAAUGGAACCAACUGCAUUACGAAAAAGAUAUUCGGUAUGCAGUGUUUUUCUCAGACGGAAUGCCAAGACGAUCUGUUUUGCGUGGCUGGAAUAUGUUCAUGUCCAGAUGCAUAUUACCUUGAUAGAAACAAAUGUGUACGAAGGAAGGAUGCUAAGCAGGAAUGCAGUAAAACAGAAGAAUGCCAACCAAGUUUAUCAUGUUUUCGUCAGUUAUGCCAGUGUCCUUCCUCGGAUUUUUGGAAUGGUUCCAUUUGCACAUUAAGAAAAACUUUUAAUUCUUCAUGUAACAGCUACCCAGAAUGUAAGGAAUCAUUAGAAUGCAAGGAGGAUAUAUGUCAAUGUAGAGAUACCGAUUAUUGGGACGGAGGUUACUGUGUUAUUAAAAGGUUACCAGGAACGACAUGCAGUGCACGGUUUGAAUGCAGAACAGAAUUGUCAUGUCUUGAUGGAACUUGUAAAUGUCCAGAUACAGAAUUUCUUAAAGAUCACAAAUGUUUACCAAAGAAAGUUGAAAAUUCUGUUUGCCAGACUACGACUGAAUGUAAAGACACGAUGAAUUGCAGAAAUGGAAAAUGUAAAUGUACAGAUUUGGAAUAUUGGGAUUCAGAGGAUGAGCAAUGUUUUUUAAAAAAGGAACUAGGUGGCGUUUGCUCUUUGUCAAUUGAAUGUCAAGAAAAUCUAGAGUGUGACGUAGAUGAUACGUGUGUCUGUAAACGAUCGACAUACUGGAAUGGAAUGAGUUGUGCAAAACAACUACCAUCUGAAUGUCAAGAUAUAGACAGCGACAUCGAUGGUGUAUAUUCUGUAUACCCUAAAGGAAAGACUUCAUCGCGAAGAAUAUCUGUCUACUGCAUAAUGAUGGGGAAAAAGAAAUGGACGGUUAUACAAAGGCGGUAUGAUGGUUCUGUCGAUUUCUACAGAUCGUUGUCAGAAUACACCAAAGGAUUCGGAAGAGUUGAUAAAGAACAUUGGUUAGGACUUGAAAACAUUCAUCGUAUAUCAACCGAUGGAACACAUGAGCUAAGUGUUGUUUUAGAAGACUGGACAGACCAAAAACGGGAAGCAAACUAUUCCAAUUUUUACAUUAAUACCGGAAAUUCCUACUCUUUAGUUAUAUCGGGCUAUUCAGGCAAUGCAGGAAACAGUCUUGAUUACAGUAAUGGCCACGCUUUUUACACAUUUGACAGAGACUAUGGCGAUUGUGCUAAAAAGAAUAAUGGGGCGUUCUGGUUUCAAAGUGGUGUCUGUUAUAUAUCAAAUCUAAACGGAAAAUAUAACGGAACAGGACAGACAGGAAUUGUCUGGAAAACCUACAAACCAUAUUAUUCCUUAAAAUCAUCGAUAAUGAUGAUAAGAAGACGGUGAUUGGAUUUCAGAGUUUAAGGAAUUUAACGUUUUAGUUCUUUUUAUGAAAUAACAUUUAACAUUAGCUAGUGGAAACUGACAAUAACGGCUGAGUUGCUUUCUUUUGAGGAUUAAGUUUUUAUUGUAAUCUUUUUUGUUUGUAAUUUGUUUAUUUUGGAAAUAAAGACUAAUAUAUACA